AGACACCAAUCCGCCCUUAAACCCCCAACCGUCCAUGCUCGAUCUACGCCGCCGACACGUCCGACAGCCGGGCCAAAUGUCCUCGCGGGAAACGUCUCCCCGGUGAUGACUAUGUUGGGUAUGUACGUGCCGGACCGCUUCUCCCUGAAAGCGUCCCGGGUCCAGGAUGGAAUCGGUCUCUACACGGCGAGGCGCGUCAAAAAGGGGGAGAAGUUCGGCCCGUUUGCGGGGGAGAAGAAGCUGCCCGCGGAGCUGGAGGAGAGCUCGGACACCCGGCUCAUGUGGGAGGUCCGAGGCACCAAAGGAGAUGUUCUGUACAUUCUGGACGCCAGUAACCCGCGGCACGCCAACUGGCUGCGGUUUGUCCACCAGGCGCCUUCGCAGGAGCACAAGAACCUGGCGGCCAUUCAGGACGGAGAGAACAUCUUCUACCUGGCUGUGGACGACAUCGAGACGGACACAGAGCUCCUGAUAGGCUACCUGGACAGCGAUAUGGAGGAGGAGGAGGAGGAGGAAGAGGAGGAGGUCAUCCGAGAUGACGACGAAAACAGUAAAGACGCUAAGCAUCUAGUCGAAAUGGAACUGGUCAUAAAGAAGGAGGACCACCCCUGCUUGCUGUGCGAGAGCAGCUUCCCCAGCGAGGAGAUCCUGGCCGCCCACCUGCAGAGUCUGCACCAGAGGCCCAGCACCGAGGAGAAGGACUUCAAGUGCAAGACCUGCGGCAAGAAGUUCCCCGUGAAGCAGGCCCUGCAGCGCCAUGUUCUGCAUUGCACUGAAUCUCUGGACCCAUCAGGCGACUCUAAAACCCACCAGUGCUCCAUCUGCCACAACACCUUCAGCUCCAUAUCCAGCUUUGAACAGCACAAAGAAGCCUGCAAAGGAGACGCUCGCUUCAUCUGCAAAGCAGAGAGCUGCGGCAAGAGAUUCAAGAGCAAAGACGCCCUGAAGAAGCACAAAGGAAACGUUCACACGGGCAGCGCACGUCGGAAGCUCACGUGCACCAUAUGCAACAGGAAGUGCUCCUCCUCCCUGAACCUGCAGGAGCACCGCAAGGUUCACGAGAUCCUCGACUGCCACGCAUGUGACAAGAAGUUCAUCUCCACCAACCAGCUGAAGCGUCACAUGAUCACGCACUCCGAGAAGCGUCCGUACACCUGCGAGAUCUGCAGCCGCUCCUUCAAGCGCUUGGACCAGGUGACGGCCCACAAGAUCAUCCACAGCGAGGACAAGCCCUACAAAUGCAAGCUGUGCGGGAAGGAGUUCGCCCACCGCAACGUGUACAAGAACCACAAGAAGACCCACUCGGAGGAACGACCCUUCCAGUGUGAGGAGUGCAAAGCGCUGUUCCGCACGCCGUUCUCUCUGCAGCGCCACCUGCUCAUCCACAACAGUGAGAGGACGUUCAAGUGCGACCAGUGCGACGCCACCUUCAAGAGGAAGGACACGCUCAACGUGCACAUCCAGGUGGUGCACGACGGCCACAAGAAGUACAAGUGUGACCUGUGUGAGAAGGCCUUCGUCACGCCGUCGGUCCUCAAGAGCCACAAGAAGACACACACAGGAGAAAAAGAGAAGAUCUGCCCGUACUGCGGCCAGAAGUUUGCCAGCAACGGCACGCUGAGGGUCCACAUCCGCAGCCACACAGGCGAGAAGCCGUACAAAUGCAGCGAGUGCAACAAGGCCUUCAGCCAGAAGAGAGGACUGGACGAGCACAUGAGGACCCACACGGGAGAGAAACCUUUCCAGUGUGACGUGUGCGACCUGUCGUUCAGCCUGAAGAAGAUGCUCAGCAGGCACAAGCUCACGCACAACCCCAACCGGCCCAUGGCCGAGUGCCAGCUGUGCCACAAGAAGUUCACCAGGAACGACUACCUCAAAGUACACAUGGAGAACGUGCACGGGGAGACGGAGAGCUAGCGCGCCUCAUCAGAGCCACCUGCACAGGGAGCAGGGGACGCACUCGGCCGGGGUUCCAUGGCAGAAGCAAAGGCUGCACGCAGAGGACGCCAAAGACCUUCAGGACCGCACUCCUGUUCUUGUGUUUUUUUUCCAUGUUUACACCUGACGCUCCAGCGCGUUUGACGUUUAGACUGCGCAGAGCAAGCCUGCGGUCCACGCCGCUCCGAUUCAAAGGUUCAAGUAUUAAAGCAGGCUGGCAGAGCAGAACCUCCCCCCCGAACACGCUAAUCCUGACCAGCUACCAAAUGUAAAGCAGAGGUUUGUAUUUACACCACGGUCAGAGUGCAUAAACACGCCGUGUCUUUCAUGUUUUUUGUAGGUGACCCUGAACGUAACCACGACGCAGUCUGCGUUUGGGCACGAGAGGCCGAUGGUGAAACACUAAACGCUCAGAACGUUUCUCCAUCAUGCGUGCUCCUUCACUUCAGUUCAAAGUUGUUAAAGUCGUUGUUUGCUUCUGAAACCGUGGACCGUUUUUCCCGCGAUGCGCCGCGCGGCACGUUUUGGGAGUUCCGCGGUACGAAUGAGUGCAGGAGGGCAGAGAAAGUCCAUUAGAAGAAGCUCCAACAAACACAACCCCCCCCCCCCCCCCCCCUCCCCCAGGAGACCCAUGUUUCUGUCCCGGGUGGAACCAGAAGUGGACGAGGGAUUUAUGUGUUACAUUAGGUGAAGUAAGGGCCAUUAUUUAUUUACUCUAGUUGUAUAACCCCAAUCGCUUCACAGCGUUCUAAACGUGGACACUCAACGUCUCCCGUGGCAACGGACUCCUUUCAUUUUUCCACAUCUUCUCUAAUUUAAAAAAGGAGGUCCUGAAUGACCGUGAGGAGAAGCUGCUUGGGUUCUCUAGUGAUCGGAGGUGCCUUUAAAAACGACAUGUCUGUUUGCCAUCCAGCCUUUUGGUGCUUAAAGUGUUGCUGUUUGUGUGUCCCAAGUUCUCCUCGGGACCAAAGGAACAUCCAAAGUACUGUUUGACCACAUGAUGUUUUAUUGAUGGUGAUAUUGUGUAAGUUGUUCUUUGCUGAUCAUUGUUCAAUA